AGCAGACACGGGCUGAGGAGAGGCAAACGAAGGAAGAAGAAUAGCUGGUGACACCCUGGGACCAGAAAGUGCAUUCCUAGACUGCUGGGCAGGACAUUGAGAAGAUCUUGAUUCUCCUAGGACAGCAAUCCUUCAUAAGGAGGGUCUCAUUAUUGUUCACUUACCAGGGAUGAUGCCCACUCUGACCCAAACUCCAGGCUCUUCCUGAGUGGAACCCAUUCAGCCCUCCACAUUAGGGGGCAUCAGUCUAAUUUAUUCCAGUCACCUGACCCCCCACCCACUGCCUGCUGCCAUGUCCCAACAGGACAAGUCCCACUGCAACGGGAUCAAAAAGCACAGGACUGCUUUGCCCGUGCCCAUGAUCUCCAGGGAUAAAGUCAGUAUCUGGAGCGUGCUGAAAAAGUGCAUUGGAAUGGAGCUCUCCAAGAUCGCCAUGCCUGUCAUCUUCAACGAGCCUCUCAGCUUCCUGCAGCGGCUCUCCGAGUACAUGGAGCACACGUACCUUCUCCACCAGGCCAACAGCUCCUCUGACUCCAUCGAGAGGCUCAAGUGUGUGGCAGCUUUUGCUGUGUCUGCUGUGGCCUCACAAUGGGAGAGGACAGGCAAACCUUUCAACCCACUUCUAGGAGAAACCUACGAAUUAAUCAGGGAAGACCUGGGUUUCCGGUGGAUGUCGGAGCAGGUCAGUCACCACCCGCCUGUCAGCGCUUUCCAUGCCGAGGGAGUGAAGAACGACUUUGUUUUCCACGGGUCCAUCUACCCCAAGCUCAAGUUCUGGGGGAAGAGUGUGGAGGCGGAGCCCAGAGGUGUCAUAACCCUGGAGCUCCCCAUGCACAACGAAGCCUACACUUGGUCCAACCCCACCUGUUGUGUACACAACAUCAUUGUGGGACAGCUGUGGAUCGAGCAGUAUGGCAACGUGGAGGUGGUCAACCACAAAACUGGGGAAAGGUGCAGCAUCAUCUUCAAGCGCUGCGGCCUCUUUGGCAAGGAGCUGCAUAAAGUGGAGGGCUACAUACUGGACAAAAGCAAAAGGAAGCUGUGCGCACUGUACGGAAAGUGGACGGAGUGUCUGUAUACCAUUGACCCAGCACCAUAUGACGCCCACAAGAAGAUGGACAAGAAGAACACAGAGGACAAGAAAAGCAAACCAGUGGGUGGAGCCCAGCCAGGCCCAGAUGAGGAGUCAGAGGAGAUGCCCAUUCCAGAUGCUGAGACAGUAGAGGUCAUCCCGGGCAGCGAGCUGCUGUGGAGGAUAUCGCCACGACCGGAGAAUUCUGCACAGAUGUAUGCCUUCUCCACCUUUGCCAUGCAACUCAAUGAACUGGACAGGGGUAUGGAGGGAGUCAUUCCUGCGACUGACUGCCGUCUGAGACCAGACAUGCGUGCAUUCGAGAAUGGAGACAUCGAUUUCGCCAGUGAGGAGAAGCAGAGGCUGGAGGAGAAACAGAGGGCAGCUCGGAAGAACCGCUCCAAGUCGGGUGAAGACUGGAAGACAAGAUGGUUCCACCAGGGCAACAACCCUCAUAAUGGUGCCCAGGACUGGCUCUCCUCUGGGGGCUACUGGGACAGGAAAUACUCCCAGCUCCCUGACAUUUACUAG